GCCAUUGUUGUUCGUGUUCCCUUGGCUUGAAUUGAUAUGCCUGCCGCGUUAUUUUAAGCAAACAAUGUCGUUAUCUCACACCCCCUAUUUUGAACUCCCGACCCUUGUGCAACGGCCUCUUCUUCUCUCUCUCUCUCUCUCUCAAACCCAAACUCACCAUUUUCUUUUUUUGGUUUUCUUUUUAAAUAAUAAAUUAAACUAAUAAUGUACAGACUUCAAUCCAAAUCCAAUGCAACAACCUUUGGAGCUUAAUUCCAUUCUAUGUAGUUUGUACACGUGCACCAUUUUCCCAGUUGAAUUUGUAAGUUCCUUUGUGGAAUUAAGGCAAAAUCCCCUGUGAUGUGUUUGUUGUGCAAAAAAUGUGUGUCCGUGAGAGCCAUGAAUUUUGCUUCCAGUUUAUUUAUGAUGGAGUAAAUAUGCGAAAUACGGUGGAAUCUUUGUUUGAAAUUGUUUCAUUUUGUUGCUUGUAAGGGAAUAUUUGUCGAAGACUGUUUCAUUACGUCGUAUACAAAGUUUUGAAGCCAUAGGGAGAGGCAUUGAAUGUGGAUCUAAUUUUGAAGAGUGGGAGAUGAUGUACAUGACCCUUUAAAGAAAUUGUACAGUAUCUUAUAUUAUCACUAUUCUUGGUCCAAGUUUAUAGUGAAAGUAAGCCUUUGAAGCUAUAGGUGUUGUUGAUAAUUCCAUUGGUUAAGUUUCAAGGUUGAGUUUGUACAAAUGAACAGAUUUUGUGGCAUAGAGGGAGUAAGGCAUAAAAGACCAGAGAAUGUUAAUAUGAAGCUAUAAAAAAAGAAGAGGGAGUUCUACCAAGACCAUGACUAGUGAGGCUCCUAGUUCUUCAGGCCAACAGUUCCACAAAGAUACACAACAAUUUCCAUCAAGUGUUAGGACUGCUGCAGAGAGAAAAAUAUAUAAUAUCUGUGUCCAGACAGGUGAGGAAUUUUCAACUGAGUUUCUGCAGGAUCGUGUUGCUAUGAGAAGACUACCACAUCAGCCAAAGAGAGUGGGUUUUAAUUUUAAUCAGAACCAUCAGCCAUUUCAUGAGGAUCUCAAUGGCAUUGUUGAGCUACAAAGAAUUGAUUCUGAUUGUGAUUCUGAGUUCACAGUGUUUGUCCCAGGGACAAGAUAUGGGGCUGAGGCGGAGAAAAAGACUUAUGCUGAUAGUAUAAACAGAGUUUAUUGGGAAUAUGGUGCAAAUGGGCAAGUACCAGGUAAGUUUUCUGAUGAGAGUAAUCCCGAUCGAGGCACUCCAGGACCAAUUGCUCCACCCCUCUAUGUAGUGGGGUCCCAUCAGUCACACUAUCCUUAUGGGCCAGGAUUUUCAGAAGGCUCUUUCUCUGGAAAGAUGAAAUUUCUAUGCAGCUUUGGGGGAAGAAUAUUACCAAGGCCGACCGACAGUAAGCUUAGAUAUGUGGGGGGGGAGACCCGGAUUGUAUCCAUCAGGAAGAGCAUCACUUGGGAGGAACUUAUGACCAAGACUUAUGCAAUUUGUAACCAACCUCACACUAUCAAAUACCAGCUUCCUGGUGAGGAUCUUGAUGCGCUUAUAUCUGUUUGUUCAGAUGAGGAUCUUCAUCAUAUGUUAGAGGAAUAUCAAGAGCAGGAAAGAAUUGAGGGUCCUCAAAGACUCCGGAUGUUUCUUAUAUCUUUAAAUGAAUCUGGGAGCCCAAGUUCUAUGGAAGGAAGGGCUGCCCAGCCAAGCGAUGUUGAUUAUCAGUAUGUUGUUGCUGUUAAUGGCAUGGUGGAACCCCCAAGGAAGAGCUCUAGUGGCCAGAGCCAGAACAGCCAGUUAGGAAACACCUCAGAUCAUAGUCCAACUUUUCAUAGAGACUCUCCUACAUCUGGAUAUGCUUUGGAGACUAAGGAUUGUAGUCCAAGUUCCUUGAACAAGGCAGGAAUGUUCUCAAACCCUGCUUCUCAGUUUUUAACUACACUUCAGAUACCAAGUAAUUCCUUCAAUCAAUCGCCUCCUAUAUCUCCAGUUCAGAACAGAGAUCCUAAGAAUUCUAAUGUGCAAAUUUAUUUGGAUCAACCUUGUGCUAAUGGCCAUCAAGGUAUCAAUCCAUUUGUUAUGGAAAAACUACCCUGUGACAAUCCCUAUUAUGUUGAUGCCAUGGGUUAUCACCAUAAUCUUCCUCAUGGGACUCCAUUGAUGAAUUAUCAUCAUCAUUACAAAUAUUUGGUUGAAACUAACCAGGCUAACAAACUCAAUGACAGACACUUUCACUACCGUAUUCCCAGUAAAGACGUGCGUUCUCCAUCAUAUGAGAGGCAAAUGAUUAAGGAAAGGGCAUUCCAUUCAGAAAAGAUUGCCCCUAACGCUGAUGAUCCAAUGAGCUUAUGGUCAGGGCCUAAUGAUACAGAUGGUUCUCAUCGCAAAUUAAUGCAUGCAUUCUCUGACUCACAGUUGCAAGAGCAUGAUGAGAGGUCCAACUGCAACUUCCCUACUGGGAGAGAAAAAUCACCUACAUUUGCAAUGUUAAAUUACGCACAGGAUUUGCCAAUACAAUGCAAAGAGAGAAUUCAUGAUGAACACCAAAUAGAUGAAUAUGAGAAUAAGCCUACUUUCAAGGCGCCUAAAGAUUUCAAGGAAAAUUUUGAACUGGGUCGAGAAAUUUUCAGCUGGACAGAUGGGAUUACCCCUUAUUCUGAUCAAAACCAGCAACAAUUUGAAGGAAAUGUUGAAGUUACAUCACAUGAUAAUGUCAUUGAGCUUAAGAAUUUACCAGACCUUAACUGUCUCCCCAGUGUUUGUCUAUUCUCAGAAGAGCUACAAAGCCUCAGAGAAGGGAUUUCUGUUCCAACAAUCAUUCCUUCAGAAAGGUCUGCAGAUAGCAUGAGCGAAUGCCCCUGUGUUUACCAAUUGGAUGCAACUGUUCCUAAAAUUUUAAUCAAGAGCCAAAGACCUGAUGAGGAUAAGCAGUGUGCUACAACUGAGACAUUAAGUAGUCAAGUAAUUUCUGAUUGGUACCCUGGAAUACUACCUCUUGCACCUGAGGAAUUGCUUGACCAAGAAUCCAUGGUCCCAAGCUCUAACUCAACCACAAGCACUGUUUUGAGUAGAGAGACCCCCGUACAGAAAGUCGAACUGAUAGGAUUUAGCACACAAUCUUAUGAGGAAUUGAAGAUUGGAGAUGUUAUCUGUGUCCAAUCACAGGAAUCAGAUGGUCAUCCUGACAAUAAGGUACUGGAACAAACGGUUAUUGUUGAAGAUGUAACCGAUUGUACUCCUGCUGGCAUCCCCUUGUGCUCAAAAAUUGUCCCAUGUAUAGAAGAUGAGGAUAGUGAUGAUUUGCUAUCCCCUAGGAAAACAGAAUCAGAGAAUUCCACUCCAGAAUCUGAAUGCGAGGGUGUGAGAGUUGAUGGCAGAGAUACGUAUGAUUCAAUCAGUGAUGCUGCAAUAGCUGAAAUGGAAGCAGGCAUCUAUGGUUUGCAGACUAUCAAGAAUGCUGACCUUGAAGAACUGCAAGAGUUAGGAUCUGGUACAUUUGGAACUGUAUAUCAUGGAAAGUGGAGGGGAACAGAUGUUGCUAUUAAGAGAAUCAAAAAGAGUUGCUUUUCAGGAAACACAUCAGAGCAGGAGCGACUGAUUAAAGACUUCUGGCGUGAGGCACAGAUACUGUCAACGCUUCACCAUCCAAAUGUUGUAGCAUUCUAUGGGGUUGUUCCCGAUGGUCCUGGUGGAACAUUGGCGACCAUAACUGAAUAUAUGGUAAAUGGAUCAUUGAGGAAUGUACUAAUAAGGAAGGAUAGGGUGCUCGAUCGUCGAAAAAGGCUUAUGAUUGCAAUGGAUGCAGCUUUUGGCAUGGAGUAUUUACAUUUGAAAAAUAUUGUCCAUUUUGAUUUAAAGUGUGACAAUUUGCUUGUCAAUUUGAGGGAUCCUGAAAGACCCAUUUGCAAGGUUGGAGAUUUUGGGCUGUCAAGAAUAAAACGCAAUACACUUGUCUCUGGUGGUGUUCGAGGAACCCUUCCAUGGAUGGCACCAGAAUUAUUAAAUGGCAGCAGCAGCCGGGUCUCCGAGAAGGUUGAUGUUUUCUCAUUUGGUAUUGCAAUGUGGGAGAUUCUGACCGGUGAGGAACCAUAUGCUAACAUGCAUUGUGGUGCUAUCAUAGGAGGAAUUGUAAGUAACACGCUCAGGCCUCUAAUUCCAAAACGUUGUGAUCCUGAGUGGAGAAAGUUAAUGGUAGAGUGCUGGUGUCCCCAUCCUGAAGGCAGGCCAUCAUUCACAGAGAUUACAAAUAGGCUACGCAUAAUGUCAAAUGCAAUCCAGAAAAAGCGGCAUUCUCCUGCAAAUAGAUAAACCAAGAUCACCAUAGAAGAUGAUGGGAGUGCAUUUAUGGAGCUGUUAUAGAGCUGCAUUUGGAGUAGGGAAUUCUUGCAUAGAAAAAAAGUUGCUAGAGAGAGCACAGACUCUUCGAAUUUUCCACUUAUAGGCACCGUUCACUGUCUGGAAACUCACUUCUCUUGCUGAGUUUUCUCUUGACCUUGCAAUAAUGAAGUUCAGAAUUCUGAUUUUAGUUUGUCUCAGUUGAGUCCCAUAACAGAGUUAGGAGUGCUGCCAUGCUGCAUACCUUUGCAUGACAAAUACAAUAUUAUUAAUCCAUAGACAGUUUAUCUUCGUGUAUAUAAUGUAAUUUUUUUAAAAUGUUAAUUUAUAUGAGAUGAAUCUAAUGAAGUGCUGUG